AGGGGUAUCGGUCUCCCAUCAGCCCAAAACUACACUGGUUGAAGUCUAAGCGGAUGAGCACACUUUGUUGGGAGUGGAAACAUGGUUGCCUACCAGUUCAUCACAAUCUUUUGAGACACAUUUACUUACCUGGAAUCACACAAAUAUAGUACUGAUGGAAGUAUUAAUUGGUAAUUGGGACAGAAAUGCAGAAGAAACAAUAUUAUUCUCCCAGAAGGUACUAGAAGAUAACCUGAGAAUCAAGCCUGAUUUUCAAUAUUCCAUAUGUUCCCAUACUUGCUUUCUGCUCUAAAGGAAUUUAUCUUUAAAAUUUACAUGAAAGCCUUGUGAAAAGAAUGUAUAAUUCUUCCAUUAUUUUCUGAAAUUGGCUGACCUUGUAACUAUAAUUUGUGGACACAAGACCAAUCAGAUGAAACAGUUCUGCCAUUUCUUAAGCCGUUCCCCUUUGUUUCAGUAGGCCUUGCCCUAGGUAUAUAACCUAGCAGGCCAGUCAAAAUAUGAUAGGGAAGGCAUUGGUCAUGGCUUCAGAUUUUGCCUCACUUGUGUUGCAGUUCAUUGCAAUUUGUAGGAGGUGCUUAAAGCCUAACUCUGCUGAAUUAUCUUUAUGGUACCCCAAAUGAUCUGGUUUCUGUCAUUUGCUUUUAAACCUGAACUAUGACAUCACAGUACCGUGUGUGACCUCAUUCUGCUUCUAGGGAGACAUGUACACUGUGGAUUAACUACUGCCCCAAGUCAGUUUGAAUUUUUCUUCAUAACAUUAAGCAGCAUUCCUCUACUGAGAAUGAUUAGUGGUCAGUCAUCUACCAUCUCUAUUUCUCCAGGAAAACCGUACAUCAGAAAAUCUGAAUCUGUAUCUUCUGAAAAGAUGGGGCGUCUCCCCCUGGGGGUUGUUUCUCCCUAUGUAAGAACAAGCUCUGGGGGCAGUAUGGAUCCCAUGAAAUUCUAUUGCACAAGCUACGGCACAGCUUAUGGGCGAGAAGGGUUUCGUCCUCGGAAUGGCUUUCACUCUGGAGCUGGGUACAAGAGCAAUUACCGGCCUGUUGUUCAGUACAAACCAAGCUUAGACAAAUUGGAUAAUCCUGCUGCGGGGAAGCUUCUUCAUGACAACUAUGAAUCAACAACUACUAAGCACUUCCAGCCUCUUCAGCUCCCAGAUGGGAAAUAUCCUCUUCCUUGGAGUGUGCACCAGUCAGGAAGUGGGUAUGACCGGGAAAAGCCACUUUCAUUUCCCACCACUAAAGCAGUCAAGAAAGUCCAUUUUGACACAGCAGACCAGGGAGCACAAGCGCUGACAGGGCUGGAGCCCAAGCACACCCCUCUCCUCCACCAGGUGGUGGGAAAAGGCUCCAUUGAUGUGGAAAAUGCCCGACAUGGACCCCACUACAUGUCUACAGAAUAUGGCUCAAAGUUCCGCUUCAGCAUUCCAGGACAACCAGAUUUCCUGCAAAAGAAAACAAUUGGAGCCAAGGAAGAGACAGGAUUCACCGAAGGCUGCCUUGCUAACCCCAUUGUGGACAAACCAACUUCUCAGGACAGGAGCCCUGGAAUCAGCAUUAUGAAGACGGAUUAUCUGCCCUCUUCCCCUCCACAUGGUGAUGAGUUUCUACCAGUCAUCUCCAAGGGCUCCGAGAGGGGCUCCGGAUUCAGUCAGGAGAAAGAUCUUGGCCUUGGAGCUGCAGUGGUUCCACCCCCCGCAGAGGUACCUGGCCCCCUGAGCCAUUCUCAGUACCAAGGUCUUCAGCAGCAGCCUCAGACACAAACCAGUCUUCUGGGGCGGGAACAUGUGGGUAACAAGGAGCCAACGGGAUUCAGCCUCAAUAACCUCAGUUAUGUGUCACCUGCAUAUGAUCCAGAUCUGCCCAACAGGUUCUUGACUAGCUAUAACUCCAAGUUUUAUGAAAAUAUUCCAAAGGGAGUGGACAGGGAAGGCUGGACGCGUGGAGGGAUCCAGCCUCAGAAGGCAGGUGGUUUUGCAACCAACAACCAUCCCACUGGCUUAGGCACUGACCCAAAUGCCACAGAGAUAUUGAGAACUGUUCACCCCCAUGUUGGCAGGACCAUCACAACAGUUGAUCCGUUCUAUCGUGACUCUCCUCACGACCGCCGCUUCACAGCUCUCCAUCAGACAACGGUACCCAAUUAACUUCUGUUCUGACCUGGGCAGUCUUGUGUGAUGUCUUCAGGUUAUUAUCCCACAUGCUAAGAAAGGAACACAAAUGAUA